AUGGAAGAUGUCUGGUCUAUGUCAAAUGGCUUUGGUCAUAUAGGCCGUAAAGGCUCCUUAAGCGCUGCGCCUGGCUCCGGAGGUGUCUGGCCUCUUCCAGGGCCCACAUCCUCAGCUAAUACUCCACCUGAGCAAAUAGGAUGCGGCAGUGGAAAUUCUGGUAUUUUUACCCUCAAUAGUCAAUGGAGUUUACCAUCUGGAACUGGUUCUCUAUUAGGUGGUGCACCUGGGAGUCAAAUACCACCCCAACAGGCUCCACUAUGGGCCCCGACUGGUGCCCAGAGAUCUACUAGUAGCUCGGGGAGCAAUGUCGGUCAUUUGUCAACUGGGCCUCAGCCACAUAGUAGAGGCAUCUUCGGUACAAACCCUGGGCUAGAGCGAAAUCGUACUCUUUCAAGUUGGAAUCCACAGCCAGGUGGUAAUAGUUCUUCAUUAGUCAUGAGCAAUCAAUUUUUCAUACCACCAAAACGCAUUUCUAUUUCAGGCCAAGGUGUUACGCCUAGUCCAGGACCAAACAUUAAUUCUGAUAAACGAACAAACAGCAAUAAUAACGUUAGCAGCAUAUUGUCUAAUCUUACUAACACUGCUGUCCAUGCGGUCAAUACUACUAAUAGCAGUUCAAAUAAUGCAGGUAGCAGCUCUGAUAUAGAGGAUAUUAUUAAGUCGCUGGUUAACACAACUGAAGCAUGGGGACAGCGUCCUGUUGACCAGAGCACUCCUUGGGAUCUCUCUGCAUUAUCAUCAAGCUUAGCUCUGGCAGCUGGGAACUCAGGGUCUCUCCCCGGCUCAGGGGAUGAACCAUCGGGAACCACACCAGGAUCUCCCGUUGGUCACUCUUCUCGUGGCCUCGCUACCCUUCAAUCAAGUCAAUCUCAGCAGCCGGGUCUCUUAGGUAAUGCUGUAGCAGCUAUGAAUUUUCAGCAACAGCAGCGACGUCUUAAGUCUGGUUUAUCGGAUGGUCCUGGGCUUGUUGGUGGCCUUCCUGGAGGACUCUUUGUCGAGUCGAAUAUUUGGCCUAAUGAGCCACCAAAUGGGACUGGUAUCUGGGAGUCGCAUUAUGAAGGUCUUGGUGAGCGUACUGCGCGCUGGCAACAGGCACAACAAUCACAUGUUUUGGCUGCCGCUGCAGUAGCUGCACAGCAACAGCAAAUUGGCUACUUUGGCAGUACGAAUGUCCCUCAGAAUCAAUCUGUUUUUGGUGGAUUGAAGACUCAAUUACCGACUGGAUUAGCGGGAACUGCACUGGGUCAUACAAGCAAGUCAAAGCUUAGCUAUUUUAUUUCAUUAUUGAAUAAUAAUAUUAUUAUUAUAUUUCAUAUUAGGGGGUUGAGAUUGCGAAUAAUUUUUAUGUACAUCUAG